CGCGGGAACGGGGGGGGGGGUCGGGGGGAGAGAUCGGUUAACGGCCAGUUAACGGCCGGUUAACGGCAGACCGGCCGCCUGCUGUGUGCACAGGGUCCCCGGCCCGCGAGGAGGAGCGGUGGCUCGGCCGCAAGCAGAGUUGUCAGUAUGUUCAAGACACUUCUUUGAAAGGAGGGAACUAGUUGAAGAACAGCCACUUUCGAAGAUAAAAAUCUUAUCCUUUUUGUUGCGAAUUUGAAAAGCAAUAAAGGAAACCUCAGCCCCAUUUCAUCAAGAUGCAAAGGAGUGUAUUACAUACUGCUUCUCAGCUGGCCCAUGGGAUGUGUUUGUUGUUUCCUCGCACUGGUGCCUUUCUUGGCUUAAAAGGACCAUCGGUGUCAUCUGAUGUUGGAUGCAAAGUGAUUUUGGCACUGGACCCUCCUAAACGGUGUCUUCACGCAGGUGCAGCACUCUUUGCCUCAAAGAGCAAUGCUGUUUCAUCACAGCCAACAGACACUCCUAGGAAAGUACCAGAAGAGAGAGAACAUUCGACUUCAGCAACUGAAGUACCCAAGCAGAGCCCUGCAGAGUCAGAUGUUGACCCGUUACAAGACAAAUCAAUUAGUCUCGUUCAAAGAUUCAAGAAAACUUUUAAACAGUAUGGAAAAGUCAUGAUUCCUGUUCAUCUUGUGACUUCCACUGUGUGGUUUGGAUCCUUUUACUAUGCAGCCAUGAAUGGAGUGAAUGUUGUUCCGUUCCUAGAGUUGAUCGGCUUACCGGAUAGUAUAGUAGACACCCUGAAAAAUUCCCAGAGUGGAAACGCACUGACUGCAUAUGCAUUGUACAAAAUUGCAACUCCUGCCAGAUACACCGUGACUCUGGGAGGAACAUCCGUCACUGUUAAAUAUCUGCGCAAGCACGGCUACAUGUCCACACCACCUCCAGUAAAGGAGUAUCUACAAGAUAGGAUGGAGGAAACAAAGGAUAAAAUCACAGAGAAAAUGGAGGAAACGAAGGAUAAAAUCACGGAGAAAAUGGGGGAAACAAAGGAUAAAAUCACGGAGAAGAUACAAGAAACCAAAGAUAAAGUUUCGUUUAAAAAAAUAAAGGACUAAGAGAUGCUUAAUUUUUGGAGAUCCGUAACUUAGCACUUUAACCUUUUUUUGAGGCAGGAGAUACAAAGUGCACUUCUGAGCUUUCUUGGGUUUUUUGUUGUUGUUUUAGUUUUUUGUCUGCAGACUACAGUUUCACUGUGGAUAUAAAAUUACGUCUAAUUCUUGAAGGCUGAAGUUUCCUGGAAGAGAUAAAUUGUAACAACAUUUCAGUGAACAGAGGCAAAAAUAAGCUUCAGAUGACGAAUUCAUCUCCAGUGGUAACAGUUUUAACAGUUACUUCUACACCCUUUCCCCCUUCCCCCUUUUUUUGGUCAAAAUGAAGAGUUCAUAUUAAAGCCACUACUUUACUCCUCCAUCUUAGUGCACAGCCAUUAUUCCAUCAGACUGAAUCUUCCUAUAAGUGAGAAUGAAGAUGUCUCUGCUGGGGAAGAAAACUUACUUUGUAUUUCCAGGUAUGUGGACUCAGACCUCUUUAAUCGUGAUCAUCUCUUGACUUGGAGACAGACCGUUGUCACUGGUACUGCACACGAAGAAAAGAACGGAUCAGUUACUCAGUGUGAAUGAAUUCAUAAUAGCUACAUGGAUUUGAGCUGAUCUGUGACAGUUUAUAGGCUGGGACUGCUACAAACCUUUCUCGGAAAGUGCAUCUUUUCAGAAAUCUCAACUGCAAACUAUAGGAAGAUGAGUUAAUCACAACAGCCAUGCUGUCAACUAUGCUGUCUUUUUCUAAAGCUGAUUUUCAGUAGAAAGUUAUUAAAAUGAAUCAAUAAUUGUAUAUUAAAAUCUAGGAUCUUUCAUUACGUUGAAGUUUACAAAACUGUUCUAUUAUUUCGUGGUAACCCUAUAACACCAUCAACAACAAAAAUCCAGAAGAGAGGUUUACUCAAGUAGUAGGUACACUAGUGGAACUUUUUAAGUACAUGUCAAGUUAGAGUUAAAUCCCAAAGUUUCUCUUCCUAUCCAAGAGUCCCUUGGAUGUCUGUAGAACAGUUUAGCUUUCCUGAGACAGUGAUCACAGUCUUAGCAGAAUUUCACUCUGGGUUUUCUUACAUGGAGCAAAUACUUGUUUGUACCUGAAAUGCUGAAAGGUUUAAAGUUGAAACUGCUGUGUUUGACUAGACUGGCAAACUUCUCUCUUAGUUCUACUCCAAUUUUAGGCUGAGCUGACUGGGCUUUUUUCCCUAUUUCUGUAACAGACCUCACUUCCUAGUAAAUCUCUGCAUGCGUAUUUUGCUUAACAAAGUUGUUGGGUUUUUUUGUGGGUUUGUUUGUUCUUUUUUUUGCAGGGAGAUGGAUAAGUAAAGCAGCAGAGUUGGACCCUAAGCAUUGUAACCAACUAAUAUAAAGUAACUGAUAAAGCAUCACUUCUGCCCCACUCUUCUACUUUUUCAGUGAAGUCACUAAGAACCGGUUCAUGUUUGAGUCCAUUGAACUUCAUUCACUCAAUUGUGCAGGAUUGAUUGCUUACUUCUCUGCCUCAGUCCAUGUGUCGAAGUAGUAACUGCAAUCUAACGCCUACCUCACAGGGCUGUUGUGAGGAAUAAUCAUUGUAUAUUCAGUGUCCUGAAGAUGUGAAGUGCCACAUUUCUGACAAAUACUAUUAAAAAGUAAUUCUCUCUAAUGGCAAGCUCUUGAGAGGUGAGCACUA